AUGGAAAACCCUGAAGCUGCCUGCAGGGUAUUGUGCACUCAUUUCACCCUUGACACUCGACGACUCCUUCCCAUUCUCUCGCUACUGCCCGUGUCUGCCGCCUCCGCUCAGCCGCCGGCCUUUUGCAAUUCUUCCACAUCCCCAGUCGUUAUAGGGUCGAUCAGGUACCGACUCGACACGCUCUCCAGGAUAAUCUCAGGCAGCCCAUCCAAAAGCGGUAAUCACACCAUCGCUUCUCCAAUAUGGAACUGGUGGGGCUUAACACGCUGUUGCAUCCAACCGAGCGACCGGGAUAGGGCUGUCUCCCAACCACCAUCCAAUCAAGAAAAGGAUCGCCCAUGCAGCGCUGUACAACAGCUACAGCUGUACAACCUACUCCACUGGGACGAUUGCGUCAAUGCAGAUCUGCCGUCCCACGUUUACCAAUUCACGUUCAAGCACCCGCAUCCAGCCGAAUGCGCUCGUUGCGGCGAGCAUCUGACUGUUGUACCAAUACUUUCCUUCGCGCUUCCGCAGUUGUACCGAAAGAUGCGCAGCGCUAUGCAGCUCGACGGUUUCGGAUCGAACCGCAGAAGCACAUGCCGAUCCCGAAGGAACUAUCAUCAUCAUCGUCCUCCAAUUGAUGCCAUGCAUUGCGACGGUAACGUAGCCGUGGUACCACCAACACCCAGCGCUACAGUUCGUCCGAAUCGAUCAAGUCUGUAA